AUGACCUUGGACAGCGCUGAUGGCGUUGGCGAUAAUGUUAGUGAGGAAUGCCUGGAGAAGAAUUUCAAUCUGUCCUUGAACUUCUGUCCUGCCUACUUCGAUGGACUUCUGUGCUGGGACCCAACGCCGUGGAACACCCUGGCCGUGCAGAAGUGCUUCAGCGAGUUCCACGGUGUCCAAUAUGAUAAUACUCAAAAUGCAUCGCGAUUAUGUUUGGAGGGAGAAUGGCAUAAUUACUCCAAUUAUGCCAACUGCACGGAGAGGAUUGCCAACGUAUCACCAACAGAUGUCAGUAGCCUGAUUUACCUCACUGGUUACUCCAUCAGCUUGGCUGUACUGUCUCUGGCAGUCUUCGUAUUCUUGUAUUUCAAAGACCUGAGAUGUCUUCGCAAUACAAUACACACAAAUUUGAUGACAACAUACAUUUUGUCUGCGUGUAGUUGGAUGUUAAACUUAGCUUUACAAAAUUGGUCGGACGAAUUGCCGUCAGACCAAACCUCAUGUAUGAUUCUGGUGAUAUGCAUGCAUUACUUCUACCUCACGAACUUUUUCUGGAUGCUUGUUGAAGGCCUCUACCUGUACAUGUUGGUUGUGGAAACUUUCACAGCCGAAAACAUCAAGUUGAAAGUAUACACGAGUAUUGGAUGGGGCGCUCCAGCUAUUUUCAUCACAAUUUGGGUGAUAGCAAGGUGUUUCGUCACUGUGGUGCCAUCUACUGGUCCUGAUGGGCUAACACUACCUGGAGAUGCCAAAAUGUGCACAUGGAUUCAUGAACAUCAAGUAGAUUGGAUUCACAAGGCACCAGCGUUAAUCGGUCUUGCGCUCAACUUAUUUUUUUUAAUAAGAAUUAUGUGGGUCCUAAUCACGAAGCUGCGUUCAGCGAAUACCCUCGAAACAGAGCAGUACAGAAAAGCGACGAAAGCGCUUUUAGUGCUGAUUCCACUUCUGGGCAUCACCAAUCUGCUUGUACUCUGUGGACCAAGUGAUGACUCAUGGUUCGCCUAUGCCUUCGACUAUAGUAGGGCGCUAAUGCUCUCCACACAGGGUUUUACAGUUGCGUUGUUCUACUGCUUUAUGAAUACCGAAGUCCGGCACGCGAUUCGGUACCAUGUGGAGAGGUGGAAAACUGGACGAACGAUUGGCGGGGGAAGGAGAAGGGGAGCGUCUUACUCUAAGGAUUGGUCUCCAAGAUCAAGGACGGAGAGCAUUCGAUUAUAUAGCCAGCCUUCAAAACGGGAAUCAGCUGCGUCUGAGACGACUACCACAACGUUAUUAGUGCCUAGGACAUCACUGGCUCCUCACUACGACACCAAGCACUUACAUGCCGAUUACAUUACAAGUGGGAGCGCGAGCGGCGAGCAAUCCCCCGUGUGA